AUGGUCGAAUCAAAUGAAAAUGAUAAUACUGCUUCUUCAAUGAAUAAUCAAAAUUCAACAAAAACAGCAAUUCCUAUGGAAAAAGAGGUGGAUGUUUUGCAAAAUCCACAAGCAGCUGUUGAAAAUGUCAAAAACUUGGCUGCUACUGAUAAAACUGAAAAUGUCACUACUGGAAAUGUGACUGGAACAAGAUCGAAACGCCGUUCAAUGUCAGUUCGUAGAUCAAAUCAUGGAAAUAUUGCACAAGACACUUUGAAAGCAACUGUUUUGACAUUUCAAGCUUUAAAAGGUUAGUUCAAUAAGGAAAUUAGGAAAUAUUUCUAAAUUUCUGCAGAUAAUCCAAGCGUAGCUCGUCUUCAACUCCUACUUUGCAACAUUUCCGAACGUGACAUUUUCGCCAAAUUAAAAUGCAGUGGAACAUCAAAUGUCACAGCAUUUCCAUCAAGUUCCGGUCAUAUUUCGCCAAAAUCACAAUUACGUCUUGUGCUAACUUGGAAAAGACCAGAAAAUGUUGAAAAUUGGAAAGAGGCUGGACUUCCAAAAAUCCUUCUCACAACUUAUUUCACACAACACGGCAUCCUAGAGCAAGAUGAGGCUCCGACGAAUAUUCGUCUUGUUGCAAGAGUUAGCGCAGCUAAAGAGUGUAGCGCAGAUGAACCGCCAAUUGAACAAUUAUUAUUAGAUGCUGUUGGAAAAGAUGAUAAUAUUGUACCGUAA